AUGUCGGAUUCAGAAGAUAUGCCUUUGGCAGAGAGAAAGAAGCAAAUAAUCAAUAACAAUAAUAAUCAUCAUUCGACAGAUGACGACAAUAUCGACAGUGGCAGUGAUUCCGACACUCCCCUCGGUAAACGCAAGAGACCCCCUGUCAGGAAAAAAGUUAUUGAUGACGACGAUGAUGACGGGGAUUAUCAGAGUAGCGAUUCAGCAGCGCCGCUUUCCAAGCGAACUCGUCCUGAUAUUAAAAGGAGCUCUUAUAAAGAGGAGAGUGACGAUGCCUCGUAUGGAUCACCUUCUGUCUCCAAAAAAUCUAGUUCUUCUCUUUCAGACGCUGGUGAGUCUUCAGAUUCGGAUACGCCACUAGCAGCUAAGAAAAAGCCUGUAGCAAAAGCAAGCACCAAUGGUAGCAGCAACGGCACUGCUAGAGUAAAGAAAGAGCCAAAAUAUAAGGAGGAAUCCUCCUCUGAUUCGGAUGUGCCAUUGUCCAAAAAGUCAUCAACAUCUAGCAAGACUAAAGCCAAGCCUUCAAAAUCUAUCAAAGUAAAAGAGGAACCUGAGGAGCCCACGUUGGGCAAGUCUAAGAGUGCCAUCGACUCAAAGCAAACAUCGAGCAAAAAGCGUAUUAAAGACGAGCCUGACUCUAAGUCUAAUGCGAAGAGGAUUAAGAAGGAAGAGGAAGAAGCGGACGAGGAGGAGGAACAUGCUUGGUGGCUGCAAGAAAGAGAGAACGAGGAUGACUCUGUAAAAUGGAAGACCCUCGUACAUAAUGGCGUCUAUUUCCCUCCUCCAUAUGUUCCUCAUGGUGUCAAGAUGAAGUAUGAUGGCAAACCAGUUACUCUAGCUCCCGAAGUAGAGGAAGUGGCAUCAUUCUUUGGUGCGCUCCUGUAUACUGAACACGCAGAAAACCCAGUCUUCCAGCAAAACUUUUUCAAAGAUUUCUCCAAGCUUGCCAAAAAGCAUAAGACGGUUCCUGAGAUUACUAGCUUUGGCAAAUGUGAUUUCACGCCUUUGUAUGAACAUUUCCAGAACGAGAAAGAAAAGAAAAAGAACAUGACAAAAGAGGAAAAAAAUGCUCAGAAGGCCGAAAAACAGGCUUUGGAGGAACACUAUGGUGUUUGUUACUUGGAUGGUCGAAAGGAAAAGGUUGGAAACUUCCGCAUCGAACCUCCAGGUCUGUUCAGAGGACGUGGAAAGCAUCCCAAGACAGGAUGCUUGAAGCUACGUGUCAUGCCAGAACAAGUCACCCUCAAUCUAAGUAAAGAUGCACCUAUUCCUAAGGCACCUGAGGGACAUAAGUGGGGCAAGAUUGUUCACGAUGACACCAAGACAUGGUUGGCCACAUGGAAGGAGAAUGUCAAUGAUUCGACCAAGUAUGUCUUCCUGGCUGCAGGAAGUUCUCUCAAAGGUCAAUCGGACUUUAAGAAGUUUGAGACUGCACGCGAGCUGAAGAAAUGUGUUGCCGACAUUCGAAAGGCAUAUAUGACGGAUCUUAAGGACAAGAAAAUGUUUAUUCGCCAGCGUGCCACGGCCAUGUACCUUAUUGAUCGCCUCGCUCUGAGAGCCGGUAAUGAGAAAGGAGAAGAUGAAGCCGAUACGGUCGGCUGCUGUUCCUUACGUUAUGAGCAUGUUACAUUGGAGAAGCCCAACCUCUUGCACCUCGACUUUUUGGGUAAAGACUCUAUUCGUUUCCAAAAGACAAUGGAGGUUGAUGAACAAGUUUUCAAGAACAUCCGUCUCUUUAAGCGUGAACCCGCUCAGGAAGGCGAUGAGCUUUUCGAUCGUCUCAAGACUUCAGAGCUGAAUAAGCAUCUUCAGAGUCUUAUGAAGGGUUUGACAGCCAAGGUGUUCCGUACUUAUAAUGCCUCAUUCACAUUCCAAGACCAGCUGAAAAAACUGACCCCUGCUAACGGCACUGUGGCUGAAAAGUUACUUGCCUAUAAUCGUGCCAAUCGUGAGGUUGCUGUUCUUUGUAACCAUCAACGUGCUGUCAGCAAGGGGCAUGCUCUCCAAAUGGAUAAGAUCGUUGACAAAAUCCGCGCACUCAAGUAUCAAAAGAUGAAGCUAAAACGUACAAUUUUGACACUGGAGCCCAAGUUAAAGAAGAAACGGCCAGAACUUCUGGAACCAGAGUCGGAUCUCGAGGAGGACUGGAUUAUUGAGUAUGAAGCACAGUUGAUGGAGAAGGAGCGGGAGAAGAUCAAGCUUAAGUUCGAUAAGGAGAAUGAGAAAAGGAAAGAGAAUAAGGAAAAGCCCUUAUCUGCGAAAGAACUGAAGGAGAUGCUCAAAGAAGUAGAUGCGCGCGAGAAAGAGCUUGCAAAGGAACGCAAGACAGGUGUUGUACCAGGAUCCAAGGGUGCGACCGUUGAGAAGUGUGAUGCACAAAUGUUGAAACUGGAUGACCGUAUUGCUGCCACCCGAACUACCAUGGUCGAUAAAGUAGGUUUUUGCAUUGCUGAGGAAAACAAACAGACUGCAUUGAGUACUUCAAAGAUCAACUACAUUGAUCCUCGUAUUUCUGCAGCAUGGUGUCAAAAAUAUGAUGUCCCUCUUGAGAAAAUUUUCACGAAAACGCUUCGCGAAAAGUUCAAAUGGGCCAUGACCGUUGAUGGCAACUGGGAAUUUUAA